AUGGAGCAUGAUAGUAAAGUGUACCUCGUGGUAGUUGACUACUUCUCGCGAUUUCUCGACGUCAUCCCGCUGCGUUCCACGACGUCUGCCAGCAUUGUCUCCAAGCUGCAUGGUCUCUUCGCCACCCAUGGCAUCCCAGCAUGCCUAGUAAGUGACAAUGGUCCCCAGUUUGCAAGUGCGGACUUCCGUAGCUUUGCCCACUUGUACGACUUCAGUCACCGAACCUCCAGUCCUCGCUACCCCCAAUCGAACGGCGAAGCAGAACGAGCUGUCCGAACUGCUAAGGAGCUUCUCAAGAAGAACCCGAGUCUGCCUGAUGCUCUCCUAGCGUAUCGCAACACGCCGCUAGCCAACGGCUUUGCGCCAGCUCAGCUCUUGUAUGGUCGACGUAUCCGCACGACCGUCAUGACGUCUGCAGAGCAGCUUCACCCAGAAUGGCCCGACAUCACCGCUCUCCUGACCACUGAGUACACCCUGCAGGAGAAGCAGAAAGAGGUUUACGACAGCCGCCAUGCUGCCCGACCUCUGCCGCCAUUAGAGCCUGGUGACAAGGUGUGGAUCCCAGACUUGAAGAAGGAAGGGAAAGUAGUGGAACGCCUGUCAAACCGUUCGUACAAUGUGGAGACAAACACCGGCACUGUUCGUCGCAACCGCCGACACGUCAUCAAGCAACCCUUGGACGACACCGCAGCUGUUGUUGAUGUUGAGCCGAACACCGCUGACCAGCCAGCAGCGCCACGUCGUUCGGAACGGGCCACUCGAGGUGUCCCAGCAAACCGUUUGCUGGAACAGAUGUGA